UCUUUCCCAGGCUUUAGCAGUGCUGAGUUAAGCCAAAUAUCCCAGUUUUGGGAUUAAAGGAAUUUUGAUUCUUCAUUCAAGUUUUCAACUUUUCAGACGCAAAAACCUGACUAGUUUUUGACAACAAACCUUCUGAUUUUUAGCUACCCAAAGAAAGCUAAGCUGUUCUUAGUUGUUUUGUCGAAGGAAAAAUAGAACGAAACUGGGGUUUGGACUCUGGGACGUUGAUGAUUGUUUUUUGUUGAAAAGGAAAUGAAAAACUUCAUCAUAAAGUCUUUAACUUUGCCUUUUCCUUGAGAAAAAAGUUUUUGCUGAAAAUUUCUGCGUUUUCCUGAUUUGGGUCGUGAAGAUUAAAAGCUUAUCGUAUAAGGCUUGAGAUUCUUCUUUGAGCUGUGUUUUUGGCAAUGCAGACUUUAUACUCUUGUGAAGAAGCGAUGGAGAUCAGAAUGAUGAUGGAAAACAAAAGGGGCCCUUGCUCUGUCGACCAUAGCAAUCUCGCUUCUUUGGCAUCGAAACGGAAGAAGGCUGAUUUGUCUAUCACCACAAAGGAUAGAAAAGAGAAGUUUGGCGAACGCAUUGUCGCUCUGCAGCAGCUUGUUUCACCAUACGGAAAGACGGAUACAGCUUCUGUCCUCCUGGAGGCAAUGGAAUACAUACAAUUUCUUCACGAACAAGUUAAAGUGUUGAGUGCUCCAUACCUCCAAACCACACCUACAAAUAUUAUGCAGAAUGUAGAGCAUUAUAGCAUGAGAAACCGAGGUUUAUGUCUUGUUCCUAUCUCUUGUACCGUCGGAGUCGCUCGGAGCAAUGGUGCUGAUAUUUGGGCUCCCAUCAAGACGACAUCUCCAAAAUUUGAUUAAGCCAUCAAGCAAUUCAGUUGACAUCUCAUUUCACGGCAACUGGAAGGCUUCGAAAUCCACUAAAUCGGUUUAUCCGACUUAUCCAAUGCACAAAAUUUCCUGGCCAUAAAAAAAACUUAAAUAGGUAAUGAACUAAGAUAGGAUUAUGGUGGUAGGCAAAAUUAUUGGUAGCAUUGUGUAUCUAAAAUGCAGUCCUGCGCCUCUCUAGUUUUAUGCUGGUGCCGGGAACGACAUGCAUUUAAUCUAUUCGGUUACAAAAACUAUGUAACUCUUAAAACAGUAUAUAUCGAUAUAUUAAGUAGUACCCGAGCCAA